UUUUGUCUCGCUGUUCAAAUCGAACACAAACCGUCCAAACAUAAUGUAAACAAUGCUCAUCUCAGCAACCACUAGUUUUGUUUUUUUCAUCGGUGUUCCGUGUUGACCUGUGUUUCAAAUCGAAAUUACUCAUCCUGAUUAUGGCACCACCGCAUAUACAUAUGCUUCUCAACCAGCUGCCUCAGUAUUUUGAUCCGUGGCUUACGGUCGAACGGAUCGAUUCGAUAUGUGCUGGUGAAGAACAAGCUUCCGGGGAGCUAACAGGCGACCGAAGAACUUUGGAUCUUCGCGAUUGCCCUGGUAUACAAAAAACUACAAGAGAUUCAAAUGCGCUGGAACUACUGAACGAUAUUUGCAUGGAAGCUAGGAAAAUGCGGCAAAGAGUCGUCGGAGUUUUCGAUCAGUAUGAUAACUGGCAGUACCUUUCGAAAAAGAUUAACGUCGACCAACUAUUGGCGUUUUUUUAUGGACUAGUCUGCUUGGCAGAGUAUGACCCAACAGACGCUGUAAGUAGGCGACUAGCAUGUGCCUCUGUGAAAACCUACCUCUUACUAUUGGGUACCCCUGGUCAAAAACAAACGGCUGCCUUCAACGAGCAAGUUCUGCUUAAAUGUUUAGAUAUAUUCAAGUUAGCUGAGCUCUUGCUAGAUCCCAUCUUUGAGGACUAUCUUAAACACGAACGUACGGAUUUUGUCACGCGCUUGCUUCUAGAUUACAUACAAAUAAUGGACGAAAUUCAAUUACUGCUGAAAUGCAUGACACUUAAGAGUUGUGCUAAUGUGAAACUUCAUAUGAUUAACUGUUUGAAAUCAGCUCUAGACUAUGCUAUAAAGCACACCAACAAUCGACAUGUUGCGGAAAAUGUUGCUGACAAAGUUUUUGAAACAUUAGAAUCGAUUUGCUUACCGGAGCAUGACGAUCACAAUGAAUCUGCCCGGACAAUACAGCUCAUCUUGAACCGGACCGCAGUAUUUUACCAACUAGAGUAUAAAAAUUAUCCUGCCAGCUUUCAGAUAUAUAACUUCUUCCUGAAAAUGUUACAUCAGUAUCCUAAAGACACACCUCCAGUGCUCACCAUUUUUAUCAAAUCGGUUCUGACUAACCCACCAAAGGUAUUCUGUCGGCCAGAUGAUUACGCGUAUCUCAGUGACAUAGCAAUUAAGUAUGAAACGGCUAUGUACAGUAGGAAUAAUGUUUCAAUAAUUGAUUAUUUAACACAAAUAGAAGGUCAUAUUGAAACAUCCACAAGAAUCAACAUUGUAGAGUUUCUGGGCAAGCUAGCCACAAUCGAUUGUACCGUUGAUUGGGAACUGUUCAAAUCGGACAUCGCCGAAGUGCCACGAGAAAUUCAGAUGUUUAAACUUUUAUACAAUAAGUUGAUGGAAAAGAAUGCAACCGUGAAGGUAAAGGCUUUCAAUUGUUUGCUGAAGAUUUUCCACAAUGGGAAUAAGAUUAUGAAGCAAAUUCUGCAUGACGCUUUCUUCUGCGCAACUGCAGAUGAAGACGAGAAAAGCUAUCUCCAAAUGAACGAUAUGGAAGAUCUCUAUAGAACUGCCGAAAUGGAACUGGGCAUUUCACGAAAUGCUCUCAAUUUUAAUUUAGGCACUACCAGCUCUAACCGGCAGCCAGAAGAAUCGCGGUCAAGUUCGUCUAGCAUGCAAAUAGUGUCCCAAAUCAAAGGAAUAGAAACAAUCGAGGACAAGCUGAGCUCAUUAAUAGACGUAAUCUACGAGGCAACUGUCUCUCCUACAUCCUCUAUCCGGCGAAUAGCCUUCUCUUGUUUGGAGUGUAUUCUGGAGCUCAAUCGAAACCGAAUUGAUGACCCACUGUUUGAAUAUGUCGUGUUGAAGUUGGCUAGAGAUCCUGUAAUGUUGAUGCGCCGUACCACACUGAAUAUGCUAAAUCAACUGCUUGGCCGCUAUCCGAGCUAUCUUCCUCUGAUUCGGAUAUGGUCCAAAUGUUUGCUGCUGUUUCUGGAGGACAGUGACCAGAAGCUAAGGGAAUCGGCACUGGAAAGUCUCAAGUGCAACGUGUUUGAUAACAUCUGUCGCUUUGAGGAUUCCUCCUCGAGCAAGAUCUUCACGCCUUGGAUGAUUGUACGCUCGAUACUAGUGCUGGGUAAAAUAAACGUUCUGAAGACGGCCGUCGACUCGUGGAUUCAAAAGUCAAUUCUGACGCAAAAAAAUCUCAUGCUGAUUGAGUCUCACAUUUUUACUGUCAACUGUAGUGAGGCAUGGAUCAUUCUUUCCAUAAUUGCGAACAAAAUGAAAUCCAGGAAUCCGGAUGUCGUUAUCAAAACCAUGAAUGAAAUCUUGCAGGUUGAUAUGUACAACUCCCCCGUGUGCCUGCAGUACAUCUUGUGUGUCAUCAAAGCAUGGCUGGAUGAUUUCACUCACGCUGGUUUGAAUCAUCUGUUCAGAAUAUUGAGCGAUCUGCUCAAGACCGGAAGUACAACGAUUUCGCUGGUUAGUGAUGUAUACAGCCUUUGCUGUGCAAUCAGGGAAAAGUCUGAUGGUUGUGUAGACGAAAGCUGGAUCCGGGGAGUUCGCGACAGCACGGUUGAGUAUUUGCUGCACUACCAUUCACACUACACCAGCUUCCACAUGUCCAACGAACGUUACUUGAUUAGUUUAUUGAUUUACGCCGAGACCAGCACCGAUUUGAAUGACAAACCGAACGAGAGGAUCAUGAAAAUACUCCUACACUAUUUGGCCAGGGUAGCGUUCGAUGAGAAUCUAUUCACUCAACAAACUGACCAAAACCGUAAAAUCUGUGUUACUAUAGUUGUACUAGGUCGGUUUGCUCUUCGUGACGGGUCUUUGGCGUCGACAAUCAUCGCUGAUUUCAACAAAAUUCUAAAGUUCAAGAACAUCCACGAAAGUAUAAUCUGUACACUUAUAACGGCGUUUUCGGAUUUAUGCAAAAGGCAUACUUCCCUAGUUGAUUCGUCGAUCAAAACCGUGAUCCUGCAGCUUAGUUCAAACUACAUUAAGGUUCGCAGUGUAGCUUUGAAUAACCUUAACGAACUUAUUCUUCAAGACUACGUUAAAAUGCGUGGUCGAGUGCUGCUCAACAUUCUCAAGCUGAUUAUAGACGAAGACAGUCAGAUAGCUGCCCAGGCGCUCUACGUGAUUCAACUAUACGUUCAUUCUAAAAACGAGAAAUUGCUGAAAGUUUCGCUUCUCGAGUGUGUCUACGUAUUUAACAACUAUCUGCAGUAUGCUGUGAGUGAUAUGUUUCCCGCUUCCGAGAUCGACAACGAACCGUGCGAUCUAGCAGGUAGCGGUCCAGAGCAAGUCGCAAAACGUAACCUAAUCUACGAUUUUUUUAUCGACAACAUUGACGAUCUGAGUUUGCUGAAGCUACUGAGAAAUGUGAACAAAAUUAACACUCAGCUCGCGCAGCAAAAGUAUGCAGAAUGUCCUGCCGGUGCUGACACACUGAUAGAUUUGCUGUACAUUUUUACUAAAAUGGUGCAGGUCAAAGAUCGGGAUAAGAUACGUUUAGCAAAAGCAGUGGCAAGCACUGCAAACGAUGAAGAUGUACCUGGACCAUCCGCACCCGGACCAUUAGAUGAUGGGCCUUCGCCAGCCAAAAAAUCUCGAGUUAAAAUAGCACUGCAACAAAAUGAGCAAGAAACGAUAACCGUUGUCGAAAAGAUGAUUGCUGUCUAUUGCAGUUUCGAAGACCAAGUUCGAAAGUACAUCGCCAAAGUUGAUACUUCCAUGACGCAAUUUGCCGACCAGCGGCUGCAAGAUUUUGCAUUGGCUAUAGCGAAGAAAUUUCGCAGUUUAGUAGAAUUUGCAAAACCAAUGGGGUUCUGGAGGGGACUGAUAAAAAGUCUAGACACUAACAAGGAUAAGCAUACUCCGCGAAAGGGAAAACGACGAAGCAAAGGGCAUUCCACCAGUGACAAUAGUGAUCUAAGUGACGAUGAGAACGAGACGGUACAAAGUGAUGGUGAAGAAGAAAUGGAUAUUUUAUGAUUUUACCAAUUCGUAUCGAAUAAACA